AGAGCGCGGUGCCGGCCAUGGAGCCCAUGACGCAGGACCAGUCGGCGCGCGUGCUGGCCGAGUACGGCAUGACGAAGGAGGGCAUGGCGAGGGACGUGGCGACCAUCCGGGCGUGGCUCGAGAAGCAGCCCCACCUGCCCAAGGACGACGUCGACGACAUGAUGAUUGAGCGGCUCCUCAUCCGCUGUAAAAACUCGGUGGUGGUGGCGCAGCGCCGCCUAGAUGACAUCUACACCGUGCGCUCCGACAUGCCCGAAUUCUACCGCGCCCGGGACCCGCUGGGGCCCGAGAUGCAGAGCCUCAUGAGAGUCGUGGGUCUGUGCGUCAUGCCUCGGCUCACCCCGGACCUCACCCGCGUCUCGCUCAUCCGGCUGCUUGACCAGGACGUGGACAAGUUCAGCGUGGAGGGCUUCAUCAAGCUGACCUUCAUGGGGCAGGACGUGAUCCUCCGGGAGCCCGCCUGCCUCGGGGACGUGGUCCUGUUCGACGCCCGCGGCUACACGCUCGCCCACGCCGUCGGCGCCAACCCCGUCCUCAUCCGCAAGGCCGUGUCGCACGUCAAGAGGACAUACCCAGCGCGAGUUACAGGGAUUCAUGUUUUGUUUCCCCCAUCUUUCGCUGACAGAAUACUCAACAUUAUAAAAUCAUUCCUCCCAGAAAAAUUGGCCAACAGAAUCCACACCCACAACUCUCUUGAAAGCCUACUGGACCACAUACCUCAAGAUAUCCUUCCAAAAGACUACGGUGGUCAAGAAGCCUCAUCUGAUGAACUUUGUGAGACAUGGAAUCAAAAAUUGAUAAGCUACAGAGAAUAUUUCCUCAACACUGAAAAGUUACAAUCAAAUGAAACUUUGCGACUAGAGAAACGCAAACAGAAUACCUUCAGUAACAUUGAAGGUUCUUUCAGAAAAUUAGAUAUUGACUAGGGUGAAUAGUCUUAAGAUCAACAUUACGUAUAUACACCAAAUAUGAAGAAAGCCAGAGGCAUGGAGGAGUUCAACUCAUUACUCUCUAGGAUGAAGUGCACCCUGCACCCGUAUUAUUUAGUUUAAGAAUUACAAACAAAGCUAAAAUUUGUGCGUUGUCCACCUUCAUUUCCUAUUCAUUUAAGAAAAUAAAUUGACAAAUUAAGAAAUUAGAA